AUGGAUUCUCACAAUCCGUACACCCAUACUUCUUUCGUCCAAAAUCCAAAGGCUGGCCGGAAGUUAUAUGAAGACGAAGUACACCAAGAUAUGAAGGGAAUAUCGAACUUAUUCACACCAACACCCACUAUCAACAAGUAUGCUCACUCCGUCGACUCUAUUGCAGACAUUACAAAACUUCCUGCAAUUGCUCGCUCUCCUACCCCUUUUGGGCGUAACCUUCAACCUGGUUCCUCAUCGACGAGAUCUGACUACGAGACCAUAAAUAAACGAAAGCUAACAAAUGAUUCUCUUUUCGAGCUACAACAGAUACCGUGCCCUUUUAGCGGCAAAAAACAAGAACAGGAAAAAGAGAUUGGAAAGAAAAAAAGACGUGAGUUUUCGGAAGAUUCACGUAUAGAACUCAGCAAGAUUCCGGAUGUUUUCCAACUAGAAGAAGAGCGCAGCAAUUAUUUCUUUGAUCGUUCGAUACCGGCACAGUUGCAAAGUCACUAUGCUUAUGAUCGCCCCGCUUAUAACCCAUCCAUGGCGUAUCUGCACCCGUAUCCUGAUCAGAAGACGAUCAACAAAUACGCACGCUCAGUCCAGUCGCAAAUUGAUCUACAGCAGAUCCCUGCAAUACAGGCAACUAGUCCUACUAGCUCUUACAGCCAUAGGAGCCCCAGUAGGCAUACACCCACGCACUCGGCUUAUGACUACACUGCUUAUUACCAUGGAAUGCCUCCACAGCCGCCUGUGUAUAUGCCUCCACCAUAUCUAAGCCCUUACGGUUUUUAUCCGCCUCCAUAUUUGUACUAUCCCUAUCAGUAUCCACCAAUGUAUCACUUGGGGCCUCCUAUUUACCCUUAUCAUCCUGGUCCACCGUAUUCACCCCAGCCGCAAUCACUCAACGACUUGAGCACCGACAGAGAACAUGGUAGAAUUCCGGAUCUUUUCAGUGACACUGGAAGCAACCUUGCUUAUCCUCUUCGCACACCCAUCAUACCGGAUAAUGAGACGAUCAAUAAAUAUUUGCGAGGUGCAGAAUCUAUCACUGACUUGCACAAUAUUGAUGUGCAAUUUGAGCCUAAGCAGCUUACGCCUGCUGCGGUUACGCCUGAAGCAUACCGUCUUCGUGAUUUCUCUGUCGAUUCGAUUAAAGAUCUGAACGCACUCCCUUCUAUUUCGAAAAUGUCUCUAUACAAUACCCCUACCAAAAAUGUUUCUACUGCAAAGAGUAUCAGCGAAUCAGAACCAGCCACUAAGCCAGUACGUGCUACCGCAAAAUCUCUCUAAAUGAUCGGUUUGCUAUUACAAGACUAUUUGUGGUAUACGUUUGCUUGUAUUGGCCAUUAAAAUAUAC